AUGCCUCACCAUCAGAUGAGUGAGCUCUGCAAGCUGGAGGAAGACAUUCAAAAUCGAAGGGAGAACCAGGACCUGGUGGCCGUGCAGGUGUUUGAGGCUGAGGAGAAGAAGGAGGAGGCCAUGUCUCUCUCCUCCUGUGUCUCCUCCCUCUCAGGUCUGUUCACAGUCAGCCUGGAGGAGGUGGCUGCUGCCCAGACAGCCAGUCCUCCCCAGAGCCCUCAGGUUGCCUGUCCUUCCCCUCCUGCCAGGGCAGCCCCUCCAUGCAGCCAACCUAAAGAUCAGGGACCCAGCUGCCCAGAUGAGGAGGGCCCAAGCACCACGAAGGGCUCUGAAGAUGCUGCGUCCUUGCUCCGAGAUGCCCUACAUUUGAAGAAAGUUGACCUGGUGGGCUUCCUGCUCCUAAAGUAUCGCGCCAGGGAACCGACCACAAAGGCAGAAAUGCUGAGUAGGGUCAUCAAAGAGUACCAGGACCACUUCAAGGUGAUCUUCAGUGCAGCCUCUGAGUGCAUGCAGGUGGUCUUUGGCAUUGAUGUGAAAGAAGUAGACCCCAUCGACCACUCCUAUGUCCUGGUCACCACCUUGGACCUGACCUAUGAUGGGAUGGUGAAAGAUGGGCAUAUUUUUCCCAACAGUGGCCUCCUGGUCACAGUUCUGUGGGUGAUCGCUACAGAGGGCGAUUGUGCCCCUGAGGAGGCAGUCUGGGAAGCCCUGCAUGUCAGGGGCCUGUAUGAUGGGAAGGAGCAUUGGAACUAUGGGGAGCCCAGAGAGCUCAUCACCAAAGUGUGGGUGCGCAAACAGUACCUGGUGUAUCGCCAGGUGCCCGACAGCAAUCCUGCAUGCUAUGAGUUCCUGUGGGGUCCCAGGGCCCAUGCUGAGACCACCGAGCUGAUAGUCCUAGAUAUUUUGCUCAGGGUUUGCAGAAGGAAUCCCAGUUCUGUGUCAUUUCCGUCAGAAGAGGGUGUGAGUGAUGAGGAAGGGGCCUGA